AUGGGUUUCUCUGAUUGGGUUCGGGUCGAGGCGGUGGGCUUCAGUGGAGGCAUUUGGACCUUUUGGAAUGUCUCUUCGCAAGUCUCGGUUAUUGUUACUCAUCCUCAAUUCAUUAUUUUGAAGAUUCGGAAUGACCAACGAAAUCCUUGGUUUUAUGCGGUGGUCUACGGCAGCCCCACUCACCAUUUACGUCGUAGGCUGUGGGCUGAGUUAACUACCGUUAAGCACUCCCUCCAUGGGCCUCUUUUGAUUGCUGGCGAUUUCAACUCCGUGAUUACUCGGGAAGAUACUGACAAUUAUACCACUUUCUCGUCUCAGCGCAGUUCGGAUUUCGCUGAGUGGAUUCAUUCGGAAGACCUCGUGGACAUGGGCUAUAAUGGUCCAAAAUUUACUUGGGUCAAGACCUUUUCGAGUGGUGUCGCCAAGAGUGCCCGGUUAGACAGAGCUUUCUGUAACGUUCAAUGGCUCCAACUCUUUCCGGAGGCAUCAGUCUCUCAUCUUCCUCGAGUCGCGUCGGAUCAUGCCCCGAUGUUGAUACGAGUGGCGCCUCGUACUCCUAUUGUCAGGCCUUUUCCUUUCAGGUUCCAAGCAGCCUGGUUCACGAACACCGGGCUGUAUGAGAUUGUUAGGACCACGUGGAAUCCUAAUAUUGAUUUUUGUACUAACAUUACUCGUAUGGGGUCUACCCUUGCAGGUUGGAACAAGAACAUUUUUGGGAACAUUCAUCACAAGAAAAAAGCGGUUUUGGCCCGGUUGUCUGGUAUUCAACAUCGCAUGGCCAUUUCUCCCCAUGGCGGGCUGCUUAAACUUGAACGAAAACUUAUGGAAGAAUACCAUGAUAUUCUGUAUCAAGAGGAGCUUUUGUGGUUCCAGCGGUCAAGGGAGGAAUGGAUUUCUUCGGGUGAUCGUAACACGGCGUACUAUCAUGCUGCAACCACUAUUCGACGGGCGCGUAACACAGUCCAGGCCUUAAAGGGCGACGAUGGCGUUUGGAUUAUGGAUUCGGCGACGCUGAAAACAUAUGUGAGGGCUUUCUAUGAAGACCUUUUCUCCAGCGAUACCCGGACUUUUACUCAUGCAGUCUUAGAGGGAGUUUUCCCCGUUUUACCGCAAGCUGAUUAG